CGGGCCCCGGGCACCUGGACGAGGGACGCUCGACAUAACGAAGUGCAAUUUUAGCCUGAGGACUGGCCGUGUGUUCGCCGGGCUCGAUCUUCCGGGACACCACGCCGUUUUCCUGCGAGUGUGUACAUAAAAUGGCCGGGAUGAAUCGCGCGGGGCCCGGCUUCUCCGCGCGUUGGACACUGCUUCAAGACUCUACGACCGUUGCUGGUGUACAUUUCUGUUUACGGGGCACGAAAGGGUGGGACGAGCGUGGUUCAAUGGGGCUGAGACCUUGCUACAUGGACGUGAGAGUUGUUUCGGGGCACAAUUUCAAGAGGAACUCUUCGAAUCACUUAGAGUGUGAGAAAACACUUUCGGGAUAUCCAAUUAUCUUGAACGAUUAGCUUCUUGACGAAGCCAUGAAAUGGCUUUCUCUGGUUGAUGGUCCUGGAACGCUUGGAAACGAGUUCGUGCAGUAUAGAUACAUUUGGCUAUUGUCGGAUCGAUUGUUUAGACACUGAGUUCGUGUGAAAGAUUCGAAGUACAAAAUUCUGAAAUUCCAAGCUUUCAAUGAUCGUCAAUUUUAUAGUGGUUGAUCUUUUGGGGGUUUCAAGAGAUGUCACGCUCGAAGUGUUUCGGAAAGUAACUAGAAAGCCAUGAAUGUGUUUCACGAGGAUGGAAAGAUUAACGAAUAGCGUGGCUAGCGACAGUGGUUGCGUUCUACCCGCGUGCGUUUUAGGUGUAAGCGAGAGGGAGACAUUGCAAUACGAGAGCACCUCCUACUAUUUGCAGCCCCUGUACAUAUGUACCCUAGUGAUAUUAUAUUAUACUAUAUAUAUAUAUAUAUAUUAUAUAUAUAUAAAUAACUACUCUCUCUCUGUAUUAAUUAUUGAAUAUAAUAUUAUAUUAAUUAUUAGAGAGACGUGAACGAAGCAUAAACGCACGCUACCCGAUCACGCCUCGACGCCCUCGGAAGUAGCGAAGAAAACGAAACAAACAAACAAACCAUACAGAAAGUGGUGAAGAUGUGCAACAAACGAACGAUAUAAUUCGAGAAUAGAAAAAGAUUCGACUCGCUAUUCGGCCGCGAAAAUCGCGUCGACGCGUGUUUUAGAUGAUCAAAAGUAAAAAACCGAAUGAUCGAUCGUCGUUCUUCGAUUCGGUGCCUGCAUAGAGGGCACAACCGUCACCAACCUCGUUUCAUGAACAUUUCCAAGCCGAAUCGAAACGACACUGAAAGAUUUCUCUCGAGGCGUUCAUCCACCCCAUCUCGACGUCGUUGCUUCGAAAAUGGAACACCACUCGCCCUUCCCAACCCUUGCGUCCCUCCUGUUUGUAUAAACGUUAGCGAUCGAUGUAGAUUAAUCGCGGGAAUUGUCGUAGAACAUCGAGCAAUCAGUUUCUCGAAAAUAAAAAUACCCAAGAACGAUAUAAAAAAAAAAAAAAAAGAGAAGAAGAAAUUCAGGACCUGUGUUGUUUCUGGAAGAUAAAAAUGCUCGCAACAACAUCAAUUUCGUGCGUCUUCGUAAGUAACCCUUUGGUCGGUAACAUUUUCGAAUUCUGGUGAUUAUUUCGACCAGAUUAAUAUCGUACUGGAUGAAAAUUGAUAGAACUGCUUGGUUGUAGGAAGGGUGAUAGUACUGGUGGAUGUCUUAUCGGGGGUUGGAGUGCAAUUUGCGUUCUCGGAGCUCGUUUUCGUCAAUCGAUGUAUGUGUAAAUGUAAAAUUACUUUCUUCCAUGCCGAUAAAGAGCUCCUCUCCUUAUUCCUUCGUUCUUUUCCUCACUUUUUCUUUUUUAAUGAGAAUGUAGCAACGGGACGGAUUGUAGUAUACGAUAUAAAAUUUUGUUGCUGUUACCGUGUAAAAAUGUGAAGUUUUGUAAUUAGUUCCGUUUAAUCCGCCUCCAGUGAUUAACGUUAUAGUUUGUUCGAGUUUUGCGAACUGUGGUUAACGGUAGUCGAAAUAUUAUUCCUAUGUAAAUGUCGUGUUCUGUAACACCACGCAAUGUUGCGAUUGUAUAAAAUAGUGAACUACAGCUGUGGUGAAUCUGAUGCGUCGCUAGAAUUAUUUUUCGAAGGGUCCUUCUCAAUUUUUUUUUUUUUUUUAAUUCUAUGAUAGAACAACUCGUGAUACCUCCGACGUGUUUUAUUGUAUAAAAAUGUGAAUACCUAUUAUAUCUCUGUUCCUACGUCUUUUUUUAAUUAAUUAAUGCUACUUUGUCAGUUACAAACUGUCAUUAUAAUGAUUUUUAAAAUAUUUUUUUCCUAUUUAAAAUUUUAAAUAAAUGCGUUAAAUGUUUCUCCCGCUCUCUUUUUCUUUUCUCGCUUUCCUUCAUUUACUCUACUUUUUAGGGUAUAAAUUGCAUCCCGACGAUUUAAACAAAUUAAUCCAACACCAUCCUUCCUUUGACACUUAAACAGUUGACAUAGUGGCAAAUCAAAAAAUCUUGUUAAAAAUAUCAAUAUCGUUGGAUAAAAAAUGUUCAUUUGAUGAAGUCGAGAUCAAAGGGUUAACAGCGUUAAGUUUACUAGACUUGACCGAUCGAGUUCUAUUUCCGCGACUGAAGCUCGUUUUCCUCGACACUUCCGCUGCUUAAAAUCUAUAAUCUAUAAUCGUACUACUAUUCAACCGAGAGAGAAAAAUUCAAAAUUAUACAAAAGUAGGGCUGUUUUAGGGAAAACGAGUGAAACGUGGCCACAUCUGUCGAUUGGAACGAAAAUGUAACUGCACAGGAAAUUUUGUAAGAGCAAAAUGUCGCUUCUUCGGCUCUAAAAAACCGAAAAAGAACCAUUGAAUGACAGUAUAAGAAAACUCGAAGCGAAAAUAUAAGAUUCGAGCGCAAACGAGGCUCGAAAGCGACGCGAAUGCAACGCGCAGUAUUGGUGCGCAAAUCAGGGCCGUAUCGUCGAGUAACGGGGCCCUACGUCAAGCUGCGAUCUUUCCACAAUCGAAGUUCCGUGAGAAUCUUGCUCAACCAUCAUCGGUCCCGUUUUGUUUAUCUUCGUUUCACUCCUGUAUUUUCAUUGCGGUUACUUCUCGAAGCGCGUUGCGUGCGGUCCUAUGUGCUUAGAAAGUAUGCGAGAGAGAGAAAGCGAGAAAGAAAGCGCGAGAGAGAAAGAAAAGAGAACACGUUGUCGAGAGAAAAGCAAUAAAAUAAAUGAACAAAAGGAAACAAAGAAACAAGUGUAACUCGAGGAGAAUCGAAACGUUCUAAAGUAACACGAGAAUCCGUGAUAUUCCGUGGUUUGCAUUGUAUAUUGUACACCCAUCCAGCCCGAUCCUGCUACGCCCUUACCUCCCAGAAACGCCCUCCGAGAUCCACGUGACUGAGAAUUAUAUAUAUAUAUUAUAUAAUAUAUAUAUAUAUAUACAUAUAUUAAUUUAAAAAUACGACAUUGACUUUCUUCUCUGUAUCUUUUCACCCUAUAUCGUGAUUAAAUAUCUUUUCUUUGCACGGUGUGCGAACAACGUUCAUACACUUUAAGAUACGACUAAAAGGAAAUACUUCGUAACUAAAAAGUAUAACAGAUCGAUUAACGUCAUCAUGACGCUCCGUUACGUCAUUAUCUCCGCAAACAUUCAAUUUGAAUCAGCUCAAAGAGUUUCAUUAUUUCGAUAAUUAGACCUCGCCUGGACCAACCACUUUACUUCCGUGUAAAUUCGAUCCGGUGGUUUUUAUUAAUUUUCGAUCGAGCUCGUACGCCAGGUGCACGAUUGGAUUCGUGUUAGGGUGAGGUUAAACGAGAUCGAGAACAGAAAUUUACCGAAGAAGCUGCUCCGGGGCUGCGUUCCGUAACGAGAGAUCACCUGAUACAGCGGCUCCGGUGAACCGGUUACUUUCAACGGAUUGCGUUCUAGGCGGCCAAUCCAUGUUUUCUUCCCGCAAAAAGAAUGAGACGAUAAUCCACGAUAUCGGAAAUCUAUCAGGUAAGCUGACCUAUAUAGGAAUCACGGACGAAGGAGAAGUUUCAAAGUUGGUUAUGCGCGCGAACGAGUCAGGCGAAUGUGUACCACCUGGCGUCGGAUCUAGUAAUCACUGUUAAUCACGUGAUCGAUCUUUAGCGUAAGUAGCGUAAUAAUCGUUGUAGCACCGCGGACACGGUCAUUCUCCGCAUACGAUAAAAUACAGUGGUGAAAUAAAUAAAAUCGGGACCAUUAAAAAUCGGUCCCCCAGGGGGGGCGAGUCUCUUAAUUUUUCCGCCUCGUCCGCCAUAAAAGCUAACGACUUAAUCGCACGUGAACGUACAAAUUGCGUGAUUGUAUAAUUAGAACCGGCCGGGAUCGUGUAAGCGGGCAUUUUUGUCGUCGGAAACGUGCGGCUCCACGGCUACCUUUUUCUUCCUACCACGAAAUAUCGCGGCCACGUUGUAAACAAGCUGCCUACGUAAAUGGAGUUUUACUGUAAAGGAUCAAAUAACGAUGGAGACGGUCCAAACCGGAAGUAACUAACAGAAGGAGAUACAAAGAAUGAAUAGAAGUGGAACGAAGUAGAAAAACGUUAUAAAACUGGAGGGACGAAAAGAUUUUCCACGUUGGUGUUGCAACGGUUGGUACGGUUGAAAAAAACUCAUGGACUGUUGGACACGUCGGUGAGAAUAUGGCGAUAAUCUCUCGGACAGAAACGAGUGGCAGUCACGGCAAUGCCUAAUCUGGAAAAUCUACGAGCCGUGACAUUCCAUUUUCAUGGUCAAUUAAUGCAACGCAAUCGAUUCACCGCCGCCGCUGACACCGUUCCAAUCCUUUCACUCUUGUCUCCCGCCGAUUUUUUACCACGGCCAGAGGCGAUAAUUGCUCGUCCAAGUUGUUGCCUAGUUCCAGCUAAACGGAAUCAAUUAACGAACGGUGAACGCGAACACGGGAUUACUUCAGCGUUCUUUCAUUACCGAUCCCUGUGAUUUAGACGUCGGUUAAGUCCUGGUUAAAUAGAACUUGAUUAUAGAUUAACUUGCAUUAAGUGCAAAUUAAUCUCUGCGGGAACGAGCUUAUUAAGAAUGAGUAGAUUACGUCUGAAAAGAAAUGAUUCGACGUACGAAAGAUCCCAGGUGAAAAGUUUAUGUCCAGAAAGCCCAAAUAAUAUCGAGAUAUCUUCUGAUGAAAGUGAUAUUAUGCCAACUAAUGAGAUAAUAGAAAGUGAAAAGGAUUCUUCAAAUCCAUCGAUAACAGAUACAAGUUACGACGAAGAGACACUAUCUAAAUUUCAAAAAUCUACAGAUAGUAUAAAAUCAGAUGAAGAUAUUAAAGAAGUUACGUACAACACAAGUUUGAAAUCCAAGACUUCCAUGUUUAACUGGAACCAACAAGGCCCAAGUCCAAAAAAAAGAAACAUGCACGAUCACAGUGAUUCCAAUUCUUCUGACGAUUUCAACUCAAAACCAUCAUGGUUUAAAAAAGAGCAGGAAAAAAAGAAACACAAAGGUAGUCACAUUAAACAAACCAAAAUUAAAGAUGAACCAAACAAUAAACAAAAAGAAGAAACUGUGGCUCAAGUGAGUAUACAACACGAGCAAAUGAUAUCUGGAAUUAAAGUAAAGCUUCCUGUGAAGCCUUACUCGUGUCAGGUGGCUGUAAUGAAUCAGCUCAUACAAGGUUGUAUAAAACAGGAAAAUUGCCUUCUAGAGAGUCCAACAGGAAGUGGGAAAACUUUGGCUCUUCUUUGUGGUGUCCUGGCGUGGCAUGAUCAUCAUGUUGCCGAAAUGCAGAACCAGAAACUGGAAAAGCAAUUCCAGGAGGAUAUUUCACGGGACUGCAAAUCAACGACGUCGCACGAAAACAAUGGAGAAGACCUUCCUGAAAGCUCGAGUACGAAAUGUACGGACUAUUGCGAAGACUAUGACGAGGAGGAAGAUUUCGAGGACUCGUAUGAAAAAUCAAAGAAGAUAAAGAUAUCAAAAAUAUUCUACGGUACGCGAACGCACAAGCAAAUCGAACAGGUUGUAAGGGAAUUAAGGAAAACUUCGUACAAACACAAAAAAAUGACUAUUUUGAGCAGUAGAGAGCACACUUGCAUCCAAGAGACCACGAAAAAUAAAACUGAGCUCUGCAACGACCUGUUGGACACUCAAAAUCACAAAGGCUGUCCGUUUUACAACGAAUCUAACAAAAAGACCAUUGCAACGUUUCGCGGGGUGAAAAGUCGAGGUUUGGACGAUAUAUGGGACAUCGAAGACUUGGUAGCCAUCGGAAAAAACGAAGGACUGUGUCCAUAUUUUGCCGCCAGAAGUUUAGCGGAACACGCGGACAUUAUUUUCUGCCCUUAUAACUACAUCGUCGAUCCCGAUAUUCGUGAAAGUAUGCAACUCGAUGUGACCGGCCAUGUGAUUAUCCUGGACGAAGCUCAUAAUAUAGAAGACAUCUGCAGAGAAGUUGCAAGCGUUAGUUUUCGCGAGGAUCAUCUUACAGCCGUUGCGAGUGAAUGUGAAUCUCUUAUGAAACAAAGAGCUGCAGAUUCCGAGAUUUAUGGAACUCUUCAAACGUAUUCCCUCAAGCUGGUGGAUUUUCUGAAGAUCACGGUCGUCGAUAAAGUCGGCUAUAACAGCGACAAUCUUUCAAGUCCGUACUGGACCGGUGCAGAGCUGUUGGAAUUAUUUAACAUGAACGGUUUAAACGAAGCCAUGUAUACCAUGUUCCUGGGUGCGUGCAACGCAGCAAUUGCAGAUUCGAAUAGAGCGAAAGAGGAGAGGAGAACAUUCCAGAAAGUGUUACAGCCGGUCAUUUCACCCACUACUAAGAAAUUAAUUGAACAACUAAUGUUCACUAUACGGAUGAUCACUUCUAGCGAAUACAUGAACGACUUUAGGGCCUGUGUAACAGAAACCACAGUAAAGGAUUUCAAAUACGCUACCGAGAAUACAUGGUUGUCAUCGAAAGUGUGUACACAGCGUGCACGAACCUUGAAACUACUGUGCAUGAAUCCGGGUGUGACAUUUGCACCGCUUGCUCGACAAGCGCGCUCUAUAAUCCUCGCGUCCGGUACCCUGAGUCCGACUGCGUCGUUCCAAAGCGAAUUGGGAACGUCAUUUGCACACGUGCUCAACACCGGCCACGUGAUACCCAAGGAACAAGUUUACGCAAUCUGCGUACCUCAAGGACCGAAUGAAGUUAAACUAAGGGCGAAUUAUCAAUCUGUGAACAGCUGGGCUUUUCAAGAUGAACUAGGUGCAGUAUUGUUAGAUGUUUGCGAGUCAGUGCCACAUGGAAUCCUUUGCUUCUUCUCAUCUUAUAACGUGAUGCACACACAAAUGCAGAGGUGGAUAAGUAAUUCCAUUUGGACGAAAAUCACCAGUGUGAAGCAAAUCUUCAUAGAACCACGCUAUGGUGGUGAUCUUAAAGAUAUCAUGUAUGAAUAUCGUCAAGUGAUAGAACAGACAUCUGGUAAACGAAGAGGAAAAAUCACUGGAGCUUUAUUUCUGGCUGUCUUCAGAGGAAAAGUAGCAGAAGGAAUUGAUUUCAAGGAUAAUGAAGCACGUUGUGUCAUUACUGUUGGAAUACCAUAUGCAGUAAGGAAAGAUCCUGUGAUUGAUAUGAAACUGAGUUAUAAUGAUACGAACGUUAAGAAAGGAUUGUUGAAGGGUUCAGAGUGGUACAGUAUACAAGCUUUUAGGGCAUUGAAUCAAGCUUUAGGUCGUUGCUUGAGACAUAUUAACGAUUGGGGAGCUGUAUUGCUAGUCGAUGAAAGGUUUCUGAUGCAUGAAAAUAAGGAAAAUCUCCCAAAAUGGGUCAAAACAAUGUGGGUCAACCAAAAUGGAUACAACUUGAGAGAGAAUCUUAAAGACUUUGUAUCAAAACAAAAGGCAAGAGAAGAAAAACAAUUAGGAAUUACAAACAGUUAACGAAACUGGAUAAAUUAAGAAAUAUGAUGAUAUUUAAUAAGAUUAUGUACGUGUUACAAAUUGUGAUAACAUUUAAAAAGUAUAUACAUAUAUUUAAUUUAAAAACUGUAUUUGUAAACGAAAUGCAUAUUUUGUUGAUAUA